GAACAAGCAUGAGACGUUUGUUGAGAUUCUGCACGUCGAGGAAUAUCAGCAAUAUUGUGAAGUUUAUUCAACCAAGCGUUGCCUCGAGAGUCCACAGUCCACCGUUAUCUACCUCGUUUUUCUGCAGGACAUUUUCGGACAGCGAGACCAGCAUGGAUCUUAGUAACAUGAGAAAGACCUAUAAGAGCGAUCAGGAGUGUUUUGAGGAGAAUCAACUUGCGUCUUUAGAUCCUAUUAAGCAAUUCGGCAGCUGGUUUGAUCAAGCCACUAAAUGCCCUGAAGUGGGAGAAGCCAAUGCAAUGUGUCUUGCAACAGCGACCAACGAUGGUCGCCCCUCUGCACGCAUGGUUCUUCUGAAAGGCUACAGCGAGGAGGGAUUUUGCUUCUUUUCCAACUAUGAGAGUCGAAAAGGUUCAGAGCUGGAAAGCAAUCCUCACGCCUGUCUCGUCUUUUACUGGGAACCGUUAAACAGGCAGAUUCGCAUUGAAGGCACUGUAGAGAAAAUCCCAUACGAACGCUCAUGUGAAUACUUUCAUUCGAGGCCCAAGAGCAGUCAGAUUGGUGCUGUUGUGAGCAGGCAGAGUACAGUAAUACCCAGCCGACAGUACCUGAGAGACAAGAAUGCAGAGCUUGAAGAGAAGCACAAGGACACAGAUGUACCAAUGCCAGAUUACUGGGGUGGAUACAUUGUGAAACCCUCCCUGAUCGAGUUCUGGCAGGGUCAGACUAACAGAUUACAUGACCGAAUAGUCUUUUUGCGGCCAAAAGGGGGAGAGACUGAGCUGGGGGACAUGCAGCAUCAAGCAGAGGGAGGCUGGAUUUACCAGCGCUUGUCCCCUUGAUAGUCCACAUGCUGUGAAGUCAACGUUAUAGUUCGUGACAUCAAUACAUCAUCAUUAAUUCUUGGCAGUAACUGUCGUUUAAAAUCCCACCAGGGCAAUGGUGAAGAUUUAUCACUCCAUGUACGUCCUGCAUUCAUGUUGUCUUAACCAGAAUCAGAAAGGAGGUUUCAUCUGUUGGUAACUGUAGAUGUGGUUUUAUGAAUAUAAGUCAUGUUGCGUUACAAAUUAUGGCUAUUUCUGGAAAAAAAAAAUUAACAUUUGCUGUUUAUUUACUCAGCCUAAAAAAAAAGACUAUCGAAGAUGUUGCUGACUUUUUUUUUCCUCAGUAGAAAAUUAAAAGAGGAUUUUUAGCAAAAAAAAAUGUGGUUCUUGGUGAUUUAUGAAAGUCUAAUACCACCUUUAUAAAAUUAAAAACAAAAUCAUAUGCAGUGGAAAAAAAUAAAUAAUAAUUUAAUAUAAUAAUGUUGUAAAUACAUGUCAAUUACAUCAGUCUAUUAAUUUCGUCUCUAUAUAUUUGUCAUUCUAAAGGUGCCAGUAGCAGACGACUUGUAUUUUAUGAAUCACCAAAGACCACAGUUUGAACUAAAAGACAUUUAAAAUGUCUUCUAACGUACAAACAAUGUAAUUUUGGAUGACCCGAGGUUGACUAAAGCUAGUUUUCAUUUUUAAGUGAGCCUUUAAGCCUUCAAACUGACCUCAGUAUUCUUAGUGCAAAGUCUUUUGACUGUCUGAUGGUUAUUAAUAAUUGAAAAGCACAGCUGUACUUGACACAGCAGUCAUGACUGUAGUUUCAGAGAACACAGACUUUGGACUUCGGUCACAACAAACUAAAAAGAAGAGUAAAAAACAACCAACAUGUUGCUGUACUUGAUGUGUAAUCUAAAUGUGAAAUAUUUGAUUAGGUUGUUAUAAAUGUGCCAAACUUCAAGCUAAUCUAAAAUACUUGCUGUAAUGACAUUUUGUGUUAAUGUGCAACCAAAAAAAGAGUAAACCUGUUUCAUUUUUCCAACGA